AUGAGCCAAACGUUGGCAGACUCAUUAAAUCGUCUUUCGAUUGCUUCUGCCUAGCCGGCAGGGUGAAAGUUGAAAGUUCGUCCACAUCUGAAACAACAGCAGACACGUGCAAGUUAAAAAGCGGCUUGUGCAGCAGUAGCACCGGCUGCAGCGAUGGCUGCGAUCUACUCCGGGAUCCAUCUGAAACUGAAGAGUCCUCAGACUUCAUGGGAGGACAAGUUAAAGCUGGCACGUUUUGCCUGGAUCUCCCCUCAGUGCCUGCUGCCCAACAAGGAACAGGUGCUGUUGGACUGGUGCACCCACGCCCUAACAGGCCGGUACAAUCAGAAGGUGGAGUUUUCUCAGAAUGUUCUGGAAGGACUGUGGUGUUACCUUGACGAUCUACUUCACAGCCGGAAGCUCCACUCUCUUCUCAAGCAGGGCAAGACCAUCAGCCUCAGGCUCAACAUGGCACAGCUGCUGCUUGACCGUCUCCAGGAGUGUGCACGUGUUGGCUCAAAGUCUCUGGUGUGUGUGUCCACCAUACUGAGUGUGUGUCAGGGCCUUCUCUCUUCUCCUGCACUCUCAUCUGUCUUUACCACCAAGUAUGAACUUAUUGCCGAUCUCCUGGCUAAGCUUUGCUCUCUGGCCUGCCGUGAGCUACAACAGCCAUUGCUCACAGAACCCCUAAUGACUGAGUCUGUCACAUGUCAAGAUGAGGUGAUGACUAGCGAUUUGGACAGUACCCAAAUUGAGCCGAUCAUUGAAAGUCCUUCAGAUCAGCCAGAGUUAGUUGCGAAUAAGUCCCCUCCAAAGCCAAAGGAAAACCUCCGUGCAGCUAAUUUGUUUGAGGUGUUGCUUCAGGUGCUGUCAUGUUACUUGUCAGUUCAGAGACAACAAGCCAAUCCUAAUAGAGUCUUUACUAUGGUAACCAACCAGCUGAUCCAACCUUUAGUACUACUCAGACACCUGCUGACUUCUGGGGAAUUUGCGCCCUCUCACACACAUCUGCGCCUCCGUCAGCAGCUGUCCAGAGACAUCCGCAUUAAGAUAGACUCCAUCCUUCACUUAGCUCUUUUCCCUUCUGAGCAUCUGACCUACUACAAGGAGGAGCUCCUUCCAUCUAAAGAGGAUUCUGGGAAACGUGGUCCUGGAGGGGCAAAAGGCCCCUUGAAGCCAGUCAGUGUCAUACUUUCCAAACUGAGUGCUCAGGGCUACUGUGAGGUGCAUCUGCACUACACUGUGAAGUCCAACACAUUGUCUCUGCUGUUUAAGUUCUUUCUGGAAAGCUACGGAAAAGGGAGAGGAGAAAGUGAGGAAGUGCACAGGAUGCUGUGUUUCUAUUUCCUCACCAGAUUGGUCCCGGCCUUGGACGUAUGUCUCGAUGAACUCUCACCUGCCAAAGCAGACCAGCCCGUCUCUGUGUCCCCUGGGCAGAAGUGUUCCCCAGAGAGCUGGAGCCUGGCUCUGCUGGCUGUGGAGUCCCUGCUAAGCCAGGCGCUGUCAGCUGAUAUUUACAAUGUAGCAGCAGACAGGAUCAGACAUGGAGAGGUCCAACUCAAAUUGUAUAGAGCUCUGGGACAAAUCCUCAUUAACCACGCCCAGCCAAGCAUCCCAGCAUGGUACCGCUGUUUAAAGGUGCUGCUGAGUCUCAACCAUCUGAUUCUUGAACCAGACCUGGACCAGCUGUCAUCUUCAGCUUGGGUUAACUCUGAAUGCAUGGAAGCACGAGUGCAACGGGCCAGACAGCUCUUGGCGUGCAGUCUCCUCCAAACUUACACUAAGCUCCGUCAGCUGCCGCACCUCUUCUCUGAGCUCCUGUCUGUGAUCUGUCAGCCAGCACUGGACCACCUCCGACCUCCUCUGCUGUCUGAGGGCAUCUCCGCCACGCUCAGGACUUGUCUUCUGGACACUCCCCCUUCCCAGGGCCUAGAGAUUUGCUCAUUGGUGUUGGAGAGCAUCAGGAGAUGUAUAUUACCUGACCUGUUGAAGGAGGAAAGGGAGGCAGAGAAGAUGGAGAUUGAUGGUGGAGGAGAUAAUAAAGGGGAGAAUAAAGAAAUGAAGGUGGACCAAGAGAGAGAAGAUGCAUCAAGGAAGCUAUUCUCCCUCAGCCAGCUGCUUCAUGGUGUUUUGUUUAGUCUGAAGACUCUAGACAGUGCUUCUCCUCUUCCCAUAGUCAGGCAGAGUCAGGGUUUGAUGGAGGAGAUGCAACAGGUCGUAAAGGAGUUACUGCUGCUGCUGUUGACAGAGAAGAAGACUGUAAAAGCAAAUAUAAGUCCAGCUCCAAGGACCCCAAGGAAAGGCAAAAAGAAUUUGGACCACAAAGAGUCAGAGAAGGUCUCAGAGUCUAAAAUAGGAGCACUGUGGGAACAGAAGACCCAGGAGGCUGCUCUCCUUCUCAGAUACACCUUGGUGGAAGUCGACACGCUCUUUAAUAUCCACUGCAGCAAAUACACAUCUCUUGACUCUGCCCAGACAGCAGCCGCAAGUAAAACUGAAGACUGUGCUUCAGUCCUGACUUGUAUAGAAAGUCUCCUAUCUGGUGAGAUUGUGCCAGCACGUCUACAACCAUCCUGCAGCCCCAUGAGCUGUUUGCUGCUCAAACUCCUCACUUUGCAACAGAUGAAGAAGGUUUUGUUAGAUACCCCCUUACUCUCUGAACACAGCACUGCCGCACUGCUAAACAGGGCAGCCCAGUUUAUUUUAUCUAAAUCAGAGAUGGAGGUGAGUCUGGAUGGAGAGCAGAUGUGGGACGGGCAGAUAGCGAGUGUGAAUGCCAGCUCCUACCUUGUAGCACACUGGUAUAUUGUCACAUCCAAUUUGCCUUUGAUUGCUCCCUACCUGAGUGGAGAAGAUGUGGGCUGCAUAGCAGAUGUACUUGUCAGUUCACUCCUCAGCAGUCAGACUGAUGGAGGAAAGGACCGGCCGGCUGGCUGUCUGUCUCCCUCCCUUAUAUCUUCCCAACUUCUCCAAAGUGCCAUUUUUGCUGAGUUGCCUUCACUGUUCUCUGCCACAGUUUGUUCCCUCACACAAAGAAUUGUCUGUGUUCUUAAGGCAGCUCAUGUACCCAAUGUUUCUCCUACACUCCUGAAGUUUCAGGAAAAAGGAAUUGGAGCUUACACUUUGGAGGGAGAUGCCGGUCAGCCUCCUCUGUCCACAACGAUAGUUGAAGAUAUAUUGGCAUCCUCAAAGACUGGAGAGAUGUCUAUAUUGCUGACUGACACACAGAGCAAGGAGCUGGUAAACGUACUCCAAAUCUUAACAGAUCUAAACCCAGAUGGGAUGAACUCUGAGGAUCUCUCCUCUAUUUUUCUCCUCCUCUUUUUCAUGUUAACCUCCACCUCCAGUCAGUCAGACCAGAAGGCCACAGACCCUCCUGAAUCUGGAGAUGAUGCUCGCUUCCUGGUGAAGCUGCUCAGGAUUCUGACUUGUCUCCUGGAGGGUAGAAACUUCCAAAGUGUUUUGAAGCUCAUCCAUGCUGGUACUCUGCUGCAGGCUUCUGUGUCCUCUCUCAUCUGGCAUAGCAACAAUGGAGCAUUUCGAGCCACAAGCAGCUCUGAUUGGUUAGAUUUAAUCAAAGCAGCGCAGGGCUUCAUCAGGUCUCUGGUCCAGUUGAUUAUAAUCCGAAACAGCAGCGUUCGACUCAACUUAGAACAGUUUGCCUCCUAUCUUACCAGUAAGGAAAUGGCAAGCAUGCAAAUUGUGGCACCCAGUUUAGCAGUUGUGUCAGGGAAACCAGAUCCAGGAGCGUCUGUUUUGUCUGUUCAUCUCCUGCUGGCAUCGCUGACCUCUUUCUCCCAGGCAAUGACGUCUAACCUGGGGAGGAGUAAACCUAUGGAUCAAACUUUGACUCAGAUGCUCGCGAGAACGACUGCUGCACUGGGACCAGCUGUCGCGUCCGUCCUAAAGCCCCAGACUGUCGGUCAGUCAGUCAUCCAACCAGCCAGCAUCCUCGGUCAAGCCUUUGUAGUAGAAGUUGUUACUGUCAUGCUGCACUGUGAACUUUCCUCACUGUCAGUGGAGGAUGAGAACAAACAGAAUGACACCCAGCCUACCCUGAGUCACAUGACCCUCUAUCAGGGCUGUUGCCAGCAGAUCCUCAAAGAAAUAAGUUGUGCCCACAGGCCGUUGGACUUCCUGGUUUCCUCUCUCCACUUCCUGUCCACUUUCUACAAAGCGGUAGAGAAGAGAGAGGGAGAGAGGGAGGAGGAGCAUGGAGAGGAGAAGAAGGCAGGAAAGGAGUUGGACGAGUUGUACAUGCAGAUACUGCAGAAUGUGCACAGACUUCUGACAGCUUCUUGGCUGUCUGCAAAUGAUGUUUGUGAACUGGAGCCAGCUGUGCAGGAGCUGCUGCGCCACCUGGUGGAGAAAAGUACUACAGGCCGGUUCAACCUGCUGCUGCUGCUGAUCAGAGAGGGACUGGACACUGGCAAGCUGAGGGCAGGAAGCUACAGGGAGGUGCUAUCUGCAGUUAUCAUCAUUAAGCUGCUGUCCUGUUGUCGGUUACCUGAGCUCUGCUCUAAAGCUCUGUGGCUCAUUGCACCGCAGAUUAUAUCUGCUAUGGUGUUCUUAGUAAAAUCGUCCACUCAAGACGUCUCUCUGACCCUUUCCUUUACCGUUCCUACGGUGAUGUCAAUGACAUCACUGCUGCGCCAAGGGGAGGGGCUCAUCAACAACCCUCAUCAUGUCAUCUUGGUCCUUGGAGCACUCCAGUCGAUGCCCCUCGACCACUUGACCCCGCCCGUUUACCAAUCAGCAUUCCUGGCUGUUCAUGAGGCGCUGUUUGCCUUCAUUCAGUGUCAUCCUCAGGUGAUGUUGAACGCCGCUCCGUCAUUCUUAAAUGUCUUCUAUCGUCUGGUGGCGUCCAUCAUGCAGGAGGGUCGGCAGAGAGGAGACAGUGAGACAGACAGUGACGUGUAUCUCCAGUGCUCCAGGUUGAUAGAGAGGAUGUACUCUCACAUUGCUGCUACAGCUGAGAGCUUCACCACGCUCUCGGCCUUCAUGGUGGCCCAGUACGUCACAGAGCUGCAGAAGGUACACACACACACACACACACACACACACACACACACACACACAGUCAUAGUAUCCUACAGAGUCAACAAGGUUCCUCAUUAAAACCCUUCUGUCGUCCCUGCUGAUUUUCCACAGCUGUGAGACACACGCACGCAUGAAUGAAUGAAUGAAUGAAUGAGGCAGCAGGAUCUCAGCUGAUCCUUUGAUCCAGCCCAUUUUGUCAGGAAGUGCGCGUUGAGCUUGCGAGAUUUAGCCGAGCAGAGUGACAGAGAUGUUAACGCCCAGAAGCAGAUAUGGGGAGUAUUUCCAGAUUGUGAAUGUUCACAAAUCUGAGUGAACGGGUCCAGGAUUACUGUAACUCCAUGGGCUGGAAUGAAGCUUUAGGCUGGAUGUUCCCACAGAGCAGUGAGUCAUGUCUGGUCUGUGAACGCGGCUCCUCUCUGCUACCAGACUGUAUUUAACAUGACGCCAACCUGACUCAGCAGUUUCCAGCAGAGUUGCACAUUGAGAGGAAGACAUGGAAGUACCCAUCCAGACAGACAGGCAGACUAACAUUGGCAGUGGGAAUUGAAUGAAGAGGUAUUUGGGAUCCUUUGAGCUCUGUGCGGGUCAUCUAACAAUCUUAAAAUUGGAUUUGUAUUGUGCUUUGAAUAGGGCUUUUCAAAGAGACGGACCUCUUUGUAAGUCACAGGUGAUUUAGCCAUCUAUGUCAGAACUGUUUCUAACUGCUCUUAGCCUGAACUGAACUCCAGGUGUUAUUAGACCAGUGGAGCAGCAGUUAAAAAAAACAAAAAAACAUCACUUUUUAUGCUGGUGAAGUUUGUGAAUUUGGGGCUUUUGUCUCAAUAUUGUAUAUUAAAAGUUGCUAUUCUAAUUAAAAUCCUAUUAAAAGAGUACUCCACUGAUUUAUCAUUGUACUCCUAUAACAUUGUCAGACUCAUGAUGGUGAUCGGUUUGAUGAUCAGUUUAAAGAAAAAGGGAUCAGUUGAUGCACCACAACCAGAGUUAUGGUCAAGGAGGUUAUGUUUUCAGCUCAGUUUGUCUGUUUGUUGGUUUGCUUGUUUGCCAGCAGGAUUACAGAAGAACUACUGGCCCGAUUUUCAUGAAACUUUGUUCAAGGGUGUAGCAAGGGCCAAGGAAGAUCCCAUUACAUUUUGGAGCAGAUCCAAAUCACAAGGCGGAUACACCAAGUAUUUUUCACUUUUGUUAACAUUUCAUGAUAGAGCUUUUGUGCUGCCUUCAUGUGGUGUCGGAUUAAU